AUGCCCGCCUCCCUGCGCGCCCGCAUCCCUGCCCGCUUUGAUUCCCCUGCCCCAUCCUCCCCUCCUCCCCCUCCCUCGUCCCCUCACCUCCAGCCGUCAACACCUCGUGCUCACCAUUUCUCUCCACUUUUCGCCCACGCUUGCUCUCUUUCCUCCCUCUACUCCUCGCCCUGCGAUUACUUUCUCUUUCCUUUCUCGCCCAGCUCUCUUCGUCAGGCUGCCCUCGCUUGUCGCCAGCCAUGGAGUCGGUGCAGUGUUUCGGUCGCAAGAAGACAGCAGUGGCAGUGGCUCACUGCAAGAGGGGCAAGGGUCUUAUUCGCCUCAACG